AUGCUGGGAGAAAAUGAGAAACGACUCCAGAAGCUUACGGAGGCUGUGCGAACAAUUCUUGAAUGUGUUGGUGAAGAUCCAGAGCGAGAAGGUCUACGUGACACUCCAGAGCGAUACGCCAAGGCCAUGCUUUAUUUCACCAAGGGUUACGAUGACAAUAUUCGAGACCUGGUCAAUGGGGCUGGUUUCCAUGAGGACCAUGACGAAUUGGUCAUUGUGAAAGACAUAGAUGUUUUCUCCCUCUGUGAACACCACAUGAUUCCCUUCACUGGCAAGAUGCACAUCGGUUACAUCCCUGAUGGCCGCGCCCUUGGUCUCUCUAAAUUGGCCCGUCUGGCUGAGAUGUUCUCUCGCAGACUCCAGGUCCAAGAACGCCUGACUAAACAGGUUGCUCAAGCUAUCUCUAAGGUACUGAAACCUCAGGGGGUCGGUGUUGUUAUACAAUCCUCCCACUUUUGUAUGGCCAUGCGCGGUGUACACAAAGUGGGCAGCACCACAAUCACCAGCUGUAUGCUGGGAUGCAUGCGAUCAUGUGCAACAAACAGAGAAGAAUUCUUGGCUACUCCUCGGGUAUACUUUGGCCACGUUAUGAAGAUCCACAUUGUCAUAAGCCACCCACUGACCCACGGUCUGUUUCGAUGCGCGCCUUGUGUGAGCAGCUCUACUCACUCUGAACACUGGGCGAUAUAUAACUCUUUGAUCUCAAAGAAGAGCGAGGAAGUUGUCACUGACUUCCGCUGCGGCACAAAAAAUUUGAUCGUCGCCACCAAUGUGCUCGAAGAAGGCAUUGAUAUUCCAGCAUGUCAUCUAGUCAUUUCAUUCGAACUUCCAGACAACAUGACAUCCUACAUCCAACGCCGGGGCCGAGCACGACAGAGUAUCUCUGAAUUCGUCAUCAUGGAAGAAGAUAAUUGUGAAUCCCUAGCUUCACGUCAAUGGAAUGUGCUUGAAAAGAAAAUGCAGGAGCUAUGUUUCGACCAUCAUCGACGUCAUCAAAUAGUGAAGAUAGACGAUGGAGAAUCUGAAAACAUAGUUCUCCGGUUAUCUCUGGACACAGGGGCGCUGCUGACAGCAGAGAAUGCCAUAUCCCAUUUAUACCAUUUCUGCACAACUCUGCAAAGUGAGACACCAGGCCGAACCUCUCCUUCUUUCUCAUGUGAGAGUAACGAAAAAAAUCACUUUCGAUCUACAGUCUAUCUGCCGAGUGGUGUUGAUAGUUCGUUACGAGUAGCGAAAGGGCGCCAUUGGUGGGCCACAAAGCAGUCAGCACGACAGGAUGCGGCUUUUCAAGCCGUUCACGCUUUACAUCGCCAAAGUCUCAUCAAUAACCAUUUCCUUCCUUUGUUCCAGGAUAAUUCAUGGGCUGAGAUGAGUCAACAAAAAGCUGUGGCUGCCGCACUGCCCUUAGUGGAGAACUUUAUCAGCUUCUGGAAAGACAUUCCAGGCCAUUGGACCGAACGAACAAUAUACAGAUGUCGCAUCGAGGUUUGUAAGAAUGGGGAAGUACAAUCAGAUCUUGCGAUGGCUCUUUUUACACCAGUAAAGCUACCAAUUGAUGCGAAUGUGGACUUAUACUGGGAUAACCAAACAACCUUUAGGGUAACAUUGCAGCCCUUCAACCUUGAAACAGCGCUAUCACCUUUUUUAAGGUCCGUCAUACGGGAGAUAACGACCUUAUUAUUCCAUUCGACUCGCGGAAAUUCCCCACAAGAAGAUUAUUCGGAGUUUCUUCCAUUCUUUACUCCGGACCUCCCCUUAGAAGAGCUAGAAGACUGGCUUGAUAUCAAUCGAGGAUCCCUUGCUAUUUGGAGUGAGCAAACUCGUGUGCCUCUUCUUCCCCCUGGGGGUUUCAUCCGAAGCCCUAAGCUUCAUUUCACUCUUCACAUCUUUGUGAGGUGGAUUCGAAACCCAGAUGCAAGUGGAUCUACAAUCGAAUGUCGACCGUUUGAAAAAAGGCGGAACCUCAUACAGCAAGCAACAUUGGCCGAUCAAAUCUCCACACAAACUUUCACCAAAACAGCCUGUAUAGCUGCCACUGAGUGCACCAUUGAUUUCCUGCCUUUGGAACUGGGUCGGACCAGCCUCCUGAUUCCGCCAAUCAUACAAUUACUGCAUCAGCAUCUGAUGGCGCAGUCUAUGCGCGUUGAAAUUUUUGGAGAUGUGCCUGAAAUCGGAUUGAGUUCUCUAGCGGAGGCAAUCACAUCUCCUUCUUCUCAAUGGCCAGUAAAUUACCAGCGACUAGAAUUUUUGGGUGACUCUCUGAUCAAGUUCUUGGUCUCUACGCAUGUCUUUUAUACUUAUCCUCGAUGGCAUGAAGGCUACCUAUCAAAGAUGAAGGAUUUGCUAGUCUCAAACGAGAGACUGACGCAAGCGGCCAAUAAAGGAGACGCUGCGGACAAAGGGAUUCCGAGAAAAGUAUAUGCUGAUGUGGUAGAAGCUCUCGUAGCCGCUGCCUAUGAACACGGUGGAAUUUCGCUCUCCCGAAAGCUUGUCGGGAUUUUUCUACCGGAGAUUUCCGACUUCACGCCAAUACCCCAAGAACAACCAAAGAAAAAUUGCCAAUUCCCGGUCCAUUUGGAAAUCAAACUUGACAAACUUCUUGGCUUCAAGUUUAAGAACCGGGCUCUGAUCUGGGAGGCGCUCACACACCCAUCAUGGCAAAGAGACCAAACAACUGGGUCUUACCAACGACUUGAAUUCCUGGGAGAUGCGGUUUUGGACUUUCUCGUUGCAAGAAGACUGCACGCUCAGGUUCCAAAGCUUGCGGAAGGUCGAAUGACGGAAAUUCGAGCCGCUUUGGUAAAUGCCGACUUCUUGGCAUUCCUCUGCAUGGAUUUCGCUCCCACCGAGACAUGUUACUACGGGCAGGAGAUAACAGCAAGCAAUUUUGGGACGACCGUUCAACCAAGAAAUACCGCAUUAUGGAUGUUCAUGCGACAUGACGCUUCAGAUGUUGUUAAGAUGCAGACAUCGUGCAGCAACAUAUAUCGCAUGCUUGGAGAUGCAGUCAAGAAACCCCUAAAAAGUGGGCGCUCAUAUCCUUGGGCCACGCUUGCCCAGCUAAGAGCAUCUAAGUUCUACUCAGACCUUAUUGAGAGCACUAUUGGGGCAAUUUUCGUUGAAAGUGGAGGCGAUCUGGAUGCAUGUGAACGCUUUUUGGAACGUAUCGAGUUGAUGGCUUAUCUUGAGCGUUUCGCGGCGCAUGAUGUAGAGUUAGAACACCCAAAGAGUGCUAUGGAUCGUAUUAUGGGUACACGCAAGGCCGACUUUCGGGUGAAAGAAACCGAGAAUAGUUUGCACGAUAUCUCUGUUUGGAUGGAAGGUGAAGAAGUAGCGUCUAUCAAUCACUGUUCAUCAAGAGCUGAAGCGUUUGUGCGAGCCGCCGAAGCGACGCUCUCGUUUUUGUCACGAACUUGA